UACAAUCAUCGUUUUGGAAAAAGCUAAAUAUUUUUAAACUGUUAUACAAAUCAAUUCGAUAGCUUUACGUAAUUAUCUAAAUAGCAUGAGUACCUAUGCAUGUAUCUGCGUGUAGCUAUGGUGGACACUACAUAUUCCACAGUUUUCUUUCGUCCAAGUCAUGUUUCCGCAUAAUGUUCUAUUUGUUUUGUGUUUAAUCCUUGGCAUCCAAGUAAUUAAAAGCUUGGAAGUGAUACCUGAAAGGGCAAAUGUGACAUUCUCGAACCCCGAAUACGCAUCAAAUGUGACAAUAAACAUUCGGCGGUACAACAGGAAGUCUGCCUACUACAUCAACUUGAUGGGCACCAACAUGCAAACCUGGACUAACAAUAUUACGGCCGAUGUUGAAAUCAGCCAGUACUUGCACAAUGAGUACCGGCCCUCAUUCGUGGGCUUCCACUACAAGUUGUGCGACCUCGUCAAUAAGGAGCCCUUCAUUGGCGGUGCUAUCAAGAACGCGGGUCUGGUAUGCCCCUUGCCUGCUGGUUAUCACGCUGUAAUGAACAUUACAGCACCGACAGAACACUUCCCCAACGUGUUUCCCUUCGAGAAGGGACGCAUAGAGUUCACAGUGUCCCUUACCAGCACGAGCGAGCCAGUCCUAAAGCUCUUCAUCGAAGCUAGGUUCAAGCAAAAAUGAUUUAUUUGUAUGAAAUAUUAAACAAUGUUUUUAAAA